AUUUCAAAAAGUAUGUUUGGGCGGGAAACAAAUUAGAGACGCCAUCUUGAGCGUCGGUACGAAAAAUCGUCUGACUGAUGUGUUUUUGAACGCGAAAAUCAUCACUUUGGGUCGAAUCACAAUUGCUCUGCGCCUGUAUGUGGUGUUUCCAUAUGGAGAUAUAUGAUACAUAAUUGUACAAGUGAUAAAGUGUACUUCUCUUUGGGGCUGAAAGACAAACCUUUGAAGAGUAACUGCAGCAGCAGCAGAGGUCAUCAUGUUUUAUGCACAUUAUGUGCUGAGUAAGAAGGGGCCCUUGGCCAAGAUUUGGUUGGCUGCCCACUGGGACAAGAAGUUGACAAAAGCUCAUGUAUUUGAGACAAAUGUUUCAUCAUGUGUGGACAGCAUCAUUCAUCCAAAAGUCAAGAUGGCAUUGCGAACUUCUGGGCACUUGCUGCUUGGAGUUGUGAGAAUCCACAGUAGGAAGGCUAAGUACCUCUUGGCCGAUUGUAAUGAAGCCUUUGUCAAGAUCAAAAUGGCCUUCAGGCCUGGUGUUGUGGAUUUACCUGAAGAGAACAGGGAAGCAGCAUUCACAGCCAUCACGUUGCCAGAGGUCUUUCAUGACUUUGAUACAGCUGUUCCUGACCUCAAUGAUGCAGAGGUCCAGAAGCAGUUCGCCCUAAAUCAGAGCCGAGUAGAAGAAAUAACGAUGAAAGAAGAUCUUGGCAACAUCACUCUCACACAAGAUGAUGCCUUUGGUGACAUCACGUUCGAUGACCGUGAGAUGAUGCGCGAUGCCCCCAACAUCGAUGAUUCCCUCUACAAGCGUGGCUCAGACGAGUCCACCAUGCUGAGUGAGAUGGGUAACAGGAAGGACAACAACACCAUCGACACCACCCUGGAGAAGCCCAUGGACCUUGGUCUGGAUGAGCCUAUCAGAGAUGAUGGCUUCGGAGCAGAGAUGGGCAUGGGGAGUGGCAUCCUUGGCAAUGAGUUUAUGGGACCUGAAGAAGGUUUAUUUGAUGAGCAACCAGAGAUUCAUGCUGGUGAAGUGCCCAUGGGAGGUACUGCAUCAGGAGAAAGCAGUCCAGAAAGGCCGAAUGAACCAGAGAAACAAAUGCCAGGUCAACCGAUGGAGCAAGGGGAGGAUGUUGCUGAACAACCUGUAGCAGAUCAAACAACACUGGUACCAAAUGAUGAGGAUGCAUUUGCCCUUGAACCAAUUGACAUUUCAGCUGGCAUGAAAGAGACUAGACAGAGACGCAAGAGGAAACUGAUUGUUGACGAGAUGAAGGAACUGGCCGGGGAUGUCAUCAAAUCGCAACUCAAAGACACAUCCGACAUCGUGGCCACCCUAGACCUUGCCCCACCCACCAAGAAACUCAUGCUGUGGAAGGAGACUGGCGGUGCUGAGAAACUCUUCUGUCUGCCAGCAAGGCAACACACAUCAAUAUUCAUCCUGUCUAUUUAUAGACGGAAUCUCACGGCCGACAUUCCCAAAGAUCUCAAGAUUGUCCGAGAUGAAGACUUUGAGCUUGAAGAGCCUGAAGUACAGCGAAGAGUAGAGCACCACGACUUCACCCUUGAGGCUACCAGAGACCAGACGUCACUAUCCAUCGACGAACCCUCAAGGAUUGAGGAGCAGCCCAGUACCUCCGCUACACCCGCCCCUCCUGCUCCAGCCGACUUGCCCAUCCCCAUAUCCAGGAGAUCCUCAUCAUCGGACGGCGGUGACUACGGUGGGGACCUCUUCGCUGGCGACUACGAUGAUGAUUAUGAUAUCCCGUCAGUGGCACCCCAGUCUGUCGGACCACGCGAUGUUGAAGAACCCGAGGAGGAAGAAGAGCUCCAAGAGGGCGAAGACCAGGAAGCACAUGAAGAGAGGAAACUCAACAAGAGAGCACAUAACAUGUUGACAGCUAUCAAUACCAGACUACAGACGUCAUCUGACGUAUCAUUCAAGCAUGACCUCACGAUGCGACUGAACAGGAAGCAAGCUGCAGCCAAAUUCUACACCCUCUUAGUCCUGAAGAAGCAGCAAGCCAUCGAUGUCUUCCAGAACGUCACGUACGGAGACAUCACCAUCCAGAGCGGGCCCAUGCUAGAGGGGGUUGCAUAGGCAGCUUGGGGGGGUUUCACCCAGUACCCUCGCCGCUAACCGCAACCAGUUAUUACAUUGAACAAUCUCAAAGACAUGGCCAUCGUAUCAAGUCCCUUGGCAUAAUCAGUGUGAAUAAGUCUGCAGGGCUGCCAGGUCUCCCCGAUUUCCAGAGACACACUGAAAGUUGACUGAUUUUUUAGUGAAACACUGCAGAUUCUCGACAUCUUCCUGAUUCAUACGUAGAUUUCUUUCGUCAGAUUGAGUGUAAUUGGGAGGGAUUUCCCUCCCUCCCACAGUAAAUUCUUCCAGAAAGGUGAAUAUCAAAGUUGGCAGCACCGAGUCCGUUGCUGCAUCCUCAUCUGUGUAAAAUCAACCCUAGGAGGAUGCUAUUUAGACAUACAGAGUUCUUUUCUAGAGAUCAUUGUCAUCGACUCUUUGCAUCAAGACUAAGUUCCCUACAACCAUCAUUCAUCUCGCCCCUGAGGUUCAUUCGCACUGGAUGGAAAAGGAAGUACAUGUACCAGUCAAGAAUUCAGUCCUAGAACAGAGAUGUCAGGCUUUUGCCAGGACUGUGGCAUGUUAUUGCAGCUGCCUGAUGAUAGUGGAUUUUACAAGUGGUUUAGAUGCACAUCAAGUCGAUUGCAAUGCAUUUUCAAGCGAGACGGGAAUGAUUUCACCUGACAAACUCAUUGAUUUUACAGAAAGCUGUUUUAGUCCCUUAUAUCCAGUUGACAAAUUUCAUUCAUAGGUUUUAUUACCUGAAAGUUUGCUUGAUUUUCUCCACUUCAUGUAAAUGCUUUGUUCCAUCAAUAGAUCUUAUACACUAACUCAGCUCGGAAAUAACCCUCUUCGCCCAUGUGAUUUUCAAAAUAAAUUUGACCAACAUUUUCAUUAUUGAUGGUAUUUGAUCCAAUUGUAAAAAGUGUGUACAGUGAUGUAGAAUUUCUGCUGCUGCUGCAAAGACUGGGAAUCCUAACAUUGUGAUUAUCUUAUUCUUUCCAAUGGAAAGCAUACCAGUUAUAUUUAUAUGGCAGUUAUUUCACCAUUCAAGAGAUGUUCGUGUAUUUACACAGUAUUUGUUCUGAGUCGUAAUGUGGAAUAUAAGGUUUGAUAAUACUUUCCAUGAAUGAAGAAAUUUUCAUAUUUUUAUAGGAAUUUUUUAAAAAGUUACAGAUGUCGAAUUGAAUUGGAAUAUUUUCACAAACAAACCUCAUUGAAAUUCAAAAUGCUAUGAGGAAAAAUGUCUUGAUAAAUAUGGAAGGCUUAUUCUUCAUCUUACAUUUACGAUGACUAUUUCAGAUUUUGUGAAGAGUGCUUUUAAUACCGUUUAGCAUUGUUAGAGACAAUAUAAAUCCUAAACGUUGUCCACAAUGUUUUUAAAGGAAAUAACUUGUUUUUAAACUUAACGUUGGUUUUAUCGAAUGAUACUGGUAUUUGGAAAUGCUUUUAUAAUCAAUUACUGAUUUCAUUAAGUUAUAAGAUUUCCUUGAUUUCAUAAAUGACUGACAAAAAGUUUGCUGACCAAUUCCAUGCUAGAUUGACUGAAAUGGUGUUUAAUUUCAAUCUAGGUCCAUUUUUACUGUAAAGUCGUCUUCUAUUGUACAUAACAUAGAUUAUCUCAACCUCCAUAUUUGUAGGAAUAUUUCAUUUAGCUAUUUAUUUGGCCAUCAAUAAAACAGUGAAUACAUGCUGGAUUCUCAAAUUAAUGUACAUGUAGACUGGUUUGAUUAUACUCGAAAAAAAUCUGUUUGAUGAAAUUCUGUGAAUUAAUCUCUGUAGCUGAUUCUUAUUCGACAAUAUUUGUGUGUCAAUGGCUCUUUGAUUUUAACCAAACACUCUUAUAGCUAGUCUUUUGAUCAAGGGUUCAGGCUGGUUUUGGGGAAGGGGAGGUACCUCCCUCCCCCCCCCCAUGCUUCCAAAAUUCAGUCAACCCCCAACUUUACCCUGCCCCCCCCCCCCCCCCACCAAGAUGUGCAGUGCACAGUGGAAUUGCUUUUGAAGCUGUUGAAAGCAGAAAGGGGGGGGGGGUAUUUGGGGGCUUGCAAGGGAAGGAAAAAUACUGUUUGCCUUGUGCCCCCCACCUUCCCUUGUUAGAUCUACAUGCACAUAAAACGGCAUAAACAUGGUAUCAGCCUCCCAGAACUGGUAAUUUUGUAGUAAUGUACUAGUGUUUAAAAUUGUGAAAUGCAAAUACUUUUUCAGAGUUUCCAUUUCCUCUUGAUAUAUAGACUUCUGCCUUUGAAAUUGAGUUUGUCCAAUUGCUGAUGGUUCCUCAAACAUCAACGAUUCAUUGUCAUACCAGUUGAAUAUAUUGCCUGAAUUGUGUACUAUUGUUUGUCCUAUUGUUCUCAAUAGCUUGUUCAAAAUGCGUCUUAGAUGUUUGAAUGUUGUUACACAGUUUGCCAAAAAUUUCACUUGCAUUUCUUAUAUAUUGUACACAUAGCACAAUGCCAUCAUUUUCAAUGAGCACUUUUGUUCGAUAAGAAAAGGAGCUAAUUAGAAUAAGUAAUGCUAGAUAUCUUCUUUCUAUCUAGGAUAUGCUGUAGCUGAGUCAGUUGUCAAAUAUGUCGGGAACAAAUUUGCAACAGUCAAACCUGCUCCAACAUAAGAAAUAUACAUCCAAGAAUGCAAAGAUUCUCCAUCAUUGGUAUUUUUUUUUUUGAAACACCUUGUUCUAAUUCCCAGAAACCAUCUUACAUGAUGUAUCUGCAUAAUUGACCAGGGGCCUGUAACACAGAGCUUAGCAAUGAUCGUGGAACAUUUUUUUACGAUUGAUUCCAUUGACUACAAUGUACAAUCAAUCGUGAAAAUCAAGCGUAUGAUUAAUCGCUAACCUUUGUCUUACCGGACCCAGGCCGUAUUCUGAACUCUGGUUUGAAAUUGUGGUUAAACUGUGGAUAGCCAAUGGUGGCACAAGUCUCUGUCAGUACAUGUUCUAUUUAUCAACUCAUUGACACAGUGACACUGGAAUCAUUCAUAACUCUCUGGGAAUGUUUACCAAGGUCAGACCUGCCAACCAGUACGUUUUAGCCGUAUUUAGUACGUUUUUGCAACCAAAAUACGGCAGUACGUUCUUUUCUUUUAAAAAUAUGUUUUUUGUAUUAAAAAAAAAAAAAAAAAAAUCAUCUCUAUAUGUCUCUAUUUCAUAAAACGUACAUAAAUAUGGUUAUUAGAUCAAUGUAAUUUCAGGUAACUUGUUUUUUUUUUCAAUCAUUUUGUAAAAACCAGGGUGAGAUAUACACAAGUUUCAAUGGUUUUUUUUUCAUCUGCAAGAGCAGUGCGCAUUUUAGCUUGCAUGCAGCUUGAGCGCCGUGAUGGGCGAGUGCGCCAAGCAUUUUAUUAUGAAAUACACUUUUUGGGGGGAAAAUACAGUUUUUUGUAUCACAGAAUACAUUUUUUCAUUCCCAGAGGUUGGCAGGUCUGCAAGGUAUAUUUCUUCAUCAUGAAAGCAAGAGGAAAUAAAGUAAUAAAUGUGAGAAAUAUGCAAUGUAAACAAAAUUGUGGAUUUUUGGCUUCCCAUAAUUUAAGCACAUGGUCUAAAGUUAACUUGGACUACAGAAUAUGGGUUUUAUAGAUACUUUUGUCAUUAGCAUUCAUGUACUUGACUUCCUAAAAAUCCUACCAAGAAAGCAAAGAACUAGAACAUCUUUUUUCACUUUUAAUUAAAACAUUUUAAAAAGUCUGUGAUUAGUAAUUAUACUUUUGUCAUUUUCAUGAAGUUUGCUAAAAAUGUAAUUUUGUUCUAAAUUGCCCAUCCUAACUUUCCUUUUUUUCUACUGAUGUAAAUAUCACUUUGUAAAUAGAGAUACUCCUGUACUAUUCCCUUUUUGUUUUAACAGUAGCUUUCAUUCCUUAUUGUCCUGUAUAAGAUCCAUUGUUUGUUUUUUUAGAUGAUAUAUAACUUUUGCCCUGACCUGUAUCUUUUUUGUUUCUUUUGUAUUUAAGUUGAAAUGUGUAAAUAUGAAAUGAAUAUGAUAAAAUUAAAAAGGUAUUCCAAGUUGGAUUUACAAGUCA